GGCUACGUCGUGCAAUCAGCUGAAAGAUUGUGUUCGAUGUCUAUGUAUCCGGGUCUACUUCGCCACAGUCAGUAUGGCAGACAUUCAAAUGGACUUCGACUCAUCUAGUCUUCCUACUGCCCAUCUCGAGUCUCUUAGAUUCAAAGCCAGGCCAGAUCGUCGAAUCAAUACAGGCACUUCAAAGGACCAUAGAGUCUGGUUAUCAGAAUGUGAUGCCUCCAUGGCCAGAUAUUCUUUCCAAAUACAAUAUCCUGCUCUCGCAAACCCACAGCUUCUCUAGUUCUCUCGUAUCCCCCAUACAUGGCUCUGUCAAGGUCAAUGGUUCUGCCCCGACCGACCACUCCAACCCUUACGAGAAAAUAGCGCUGCAUCCUCGUUCUGGCAUGUCAGACUCUCAGCUUGAUAACGAUGUCAUACCUCUUCUUCGAAAUCAGCAGACGCUCGACGUCCUGAAAAUGGAGAAUGACACCGUUCGACGACUGUCAGAACACAUGCAGAGCCGAGGUUCUUUGGGCGUGCUUGGGGGACCACCAGCGCCCUCGGUACAGCAAUCUCGAUUCGGAGCAGUCCCUAAAAAGCCAGAAUACGAAGAUGUAUUGGCAGAGUGCAAUGAAAUUAGAGCUGCCCAUGAUGCCCGAGUAGACAGAGCUGUCCGGGCUGUCACGAUGCUACGCGAGAAGUUCGAUUGGAAACAGCGCGUCGAAGUGGAGGUGGAGGAACCAGAGGAGCUGGACUGGGACCCGCGGUUCCAAAGUGGUCCUGGUGGCGACGGCAUGGGUCCCAUGGACGUGGAUAUAGACGCCGAAUCGAGCGACGAAGACGAAGUUGAAAGUCCAUCUGAAUGCCGAUGAGGGAUAUGAAGAAACGCAGGCUACUCAGGCAUCCUCCUUUGAAAAUAAGCCUAGUAAUCCAUGAUGUAAUUUCUUAUAUUUUAUUCGUUUUACCUGAUUGGAGUCUCACUCUGACUGCCGCGGAAUUAUUGUUUAAUUAUUGAAAAAAUUGGCGCUAUGGCAUCUUGCACCGGAAGAUAGAAG